CAAUACCUGACAUUCCUUUCUCAUUGCUGGAACACACAGAAGAUAACCAAUCAGUAACAGUAAUCAAGUACCGUAGUUACUGACCAAUGAAAGGACAGUAAUGAAUCAUUAAAACCAAGGGGGAAAAAAAUUGUUUACUAGGACUGGCUGUUCUUUGAUCCUUUGUUUUCUUCAUAUGCUUUGGUAGGACCAAGUUCAGAAACAUCCUAACUGCCAAAGGAUUUAGUUGUAGAGAAGGAGAGCUUAACUGAUGAACCUUGCGUCUGCCAUAGAUAACUGAUAUCGUAUGCUCAAAAUGAGUGACCAGCUUUGUAAGCUCUUUGUUGGGGGACUCAACGUGGACACGGACAGCAAUGGCCUGCGCAAGCACUUUGAGCAGUACGGUACACUCACCGACUGCAUCGUCAUCGUGAAUAAGCAUCUACAGCGUUCCCGCUGUUUUGGCUUUGUAACCUACUCCACACCAGAAGAGGCGGACACGGCCAUGAAAGCCAGGCCGCACACUAUUGACGGCAACGCCGUUGAACUCAAGCGUGCAGUUGUGAGAGAGGACGCAAACAAACCAGAGGCUCUCGCAAAGGUGAAGAAAAUCUUUGUCGGUGGUUUGAAGGACGACAUAGAAGAGGAACAUCUGAUCAGACAUUUUAGUCAAUACGGUGACGUGGAAAAAGCUGAGGUCAUCUCAGAGAAGGAGACGGGAAAGAAAAGAGGGUUUGGCUUUGUGUUCUUUGUUGAACACGACGCAGCCAACAAGGCGGUAAUAGUAAAAUUCCACAACAUCAGUGGACACAAAGUUGAAGUGAAGAAAGCCCUGACAAAGCAGGAGAUGCAGGCCGCUAAAAGAGGUGUGAUGGCAAUGGGAGGUCGGUCAGGCAGAGGCAUGAGGGAGAGUCAGAACAGCUACAGCAGCAGGGGCUACGCUGGAAACUAUAACUACGGGAAUGGCACUGGCUACAACUGUGGCGGCGGCUACAGAAAUUACCCCACGUAUGGAGGUGGAUAUGGAGACCAGGGGAGUGGCUACGGCGGUGGAAAUGGAUACAGUGCCUGACGUACUCAUACUGGUCCAGGACUUGGUGGUUGGGGACCCGAAAAAUAUGCUACAAUCCAUUUAAGUGGAAAAUAAAGAAAACGUGUGUGCAUUUGAAAUCGGAAAUAAAUGGCAAAAAACAUUCUGUCCUGUCUUG